AUGCACGUGGUCGAGCCUGAUCGAUAUCAAAUUUCCCCUUCCGCAGUAUACAAGCCUGAAGCUCAUUCACUCGUUGAGGCACUUGCUUUUGAGUCGUCCCUAGGUCUUGAGAAUCUGGUCUUGGUACAGCCGUCAAUUUAUGGGACGGACAAUUCGUGUCUGCUGGCCGCUCUGAAACAACUGGGUCCUUCACGUGGCCGCGGGGUCGUAGUUGUAGAUCCUGCAGCUGUUCAUUCAGACAUGUUGGACGAGUGGCAUGCCCUUGGAGUCCGAGGGAUUCGAGUGAACUUGCAAUCAGUGGGGAAAGUCAUGGAUCAGUACGAAUUAGAAACGAUCCUCCUCCGCCAUGCGGAAAUUGCGCGUCCUCGGAACUGGAUUGUGGAACUAUACAUUCCCAUGGCGAUGAUGCCUUUGGUGGAGUCGGUGGCACCGCAGCUCGGGGUCCGCCUAUGCAUCGAUCAUUUUGGAAGUCCUCGGCUCCCUGACCAUUCGCGGGCCAGCGAAGAUCCUGAUUUUGAUCCGUAUUCGAUUCCCGGCUUUCGCUCUUUGAUCUCACUGCUACGAGCCGGAGAGACGUACGUGAAACUGUCAGCGCCAUAUCGACUCUCCAAGGACGAGAACAUGCGUCACCUGGAAGCUCUAGCCCGGGAAUUCCUCACGAUAGCACCGGACAGAGUGAUAUUUGCGACUGAUUGGCCUCACACUCGAUUUUAUGGUCUUGACAUUAGCCCAUUUACAGAAUGGUGCUUGGAUCUCUGUGCUCAAGAGCCAGAGUUGGUGGAGAAGAUAUUCCGUCACAAUACCGAGCAGAUGCUCGGCGUCUGCUGA